AUGCAACACAUCAUCGAUAACCACCCCGACAUGGCCACCGCGCUGCUGGCGGGCGAGAAGCUGAAGGAGCUCAUCCUGCCGGGCCAGCAGGAUGACAAGGCGGGCGCGCUGGCGGCGCUGCUCCUGCAGCUGAAGCUGGAGCUGCCCUUCGACCGCGUGGUCACCAUCGGCACCGUCCUCAUCCCCAUCCUGCUCGUCACCCUCGUCUUCACCAAGAACUUCGCCGAGGAGCCAAUAUACUGUUACACACCACACAACUUCACCCGCGAUCAAGCCUUGUAUGCCAGAGGAUAUUGUUGGACAGAAUUAAAAGAUGCCUUGCCAGGAGUUGAUGCCAGCCACUGGCCCUCCUUGUUUGAGCAUAAGUUCCUACCUUAUGCACUGCUGGCUUUUGCUGGGAUAAUGUACAUUCCAGCUCUGGGCUGGGAAUUUCUGGCCUCCACCCGACUGACUUCAGAGCUUAAUUUUUUGCUUCAGGAGAUCGAUAAUUGCUACCACCGUGCAGCUGAAGGACGGGCACCAAAAAUAGAGAAACAGAUCCAGUCCAAAGGCCCGGGGAUCACAGAGAGAGAGAAAAGAGAAAUCAUUGAGAAUGCAGAGAAGGAAAAAAGCCCUGAACAGAACUUGUUUGAGAAAUACCUGGAAAGAAGAGGACGAAGUAACUUCUUAGCUAAGCUUUAUCUCGCGAGACAUUUGUUCAUCAUCUUUUUAAGCAUCAUACCCAUUACAUACUUGUCCACCUACUAUGCUACACAGAAGCAAAAUGAAUUUACGUGUGCUCUAGGAGAGCCUCCGGACAAGACAAGCAGCUCCAAAUUGCACAUCAGAGUGAACUGUAAGCUGCCAUCUGUCCAGCUCCAGCGGAUUAUUGCAGGCGUAGAUAUCUUUCUCCUCUGCUUUAUGAACUUGAUCAUCCUUAUCAACCUGAUUCACCUCUUCAUAUUUCGCAAGUCCAACUUCAUAUUUGAUAAACUGAACAAAGUUGGAAUAAAGACCAAGAAACAGUGGCAGAAGUCCCAGUUUUGUGACAUCAAUAUUUUGGCUAUGUUCUGCAAUGAGAAUCGGGACCACAUAAAAUCACUGAACCGUCUGGAUUUUAUCACAAACGAAAGUGACCUGAUGUAUGACAACGUGGUGCGCCAACUGCUGGCGGCGCUGGCCCAGUCCAACCAUGAUGCCACCCCAACCAUGCGUGAUUCAGGGAUCCAGACCAUAGACCCAAGCGUCGACCCAGCAGACAUCGAUGGCAACGAGCAGCUCAUCAUUAAGAGACCAAGGAAAAAGAUGAAAUGGAUCCCAACUACCAACCCACUUCCUCAGCCUUUCAAGGAGCAGUUAGCCAUCAUGAAGGUCGAAAAUCAUAAACCUGAAAAGCCUAAGCCUGUGCGGAGAAAAACGGCGACGGACAGCCUUAUUGCUCCUUUGUUAGAAUCUGCUGCAAAAACCUCACAGCAAUCAGCAGCUCAUAAAACUGAAUCAAACGCCGUCCCGAGCACAGGCACUGAAAAGAAACACACACGGCACUUUUCCUUGGAUGUACAUCCAUAUAUACUUAGUAGUAAAAAAACCAAGCCAGAGAUUCCAGCCAUCCCCUCGAUGCCUACAUCAAAAAGCCAAGAGGGUGGAUUUCUAAACCAGGAAGAGAAUGUCAUAGUACACGUUACCUCCUCUCUCAAAGACACCCCUCAUCCUGCAAAAGAGAUGCUGUACUCAUCUGAGACAUGCAGAACUGUGCCUGCUGCUGGGGCUUUUGUCACAUGCAACCACAACCAUAUAGCCACAACCACAGCGACAAGUAUGACUUUGAACCCAGCCAAAGCAGAACCAGCCCCUGCGCUGAACUGCAACCCCACUCACCCUCUGCUGCACAUCAACACGCUGUAUGAGGAUCACGAGGAGGAAGUUUCAAACAUAAUCGACAAUGGGAUUCACUCCCCGACUGACGCAGGGGAAAUUCUCUCCAUCCCCACCCCCAAGCAGAUACGGCUGGCAACGUUUGACGAACCGAUGGCAAUCGUGAGCUCAGUGGAGUACUGAAGCCCCAUGGCUGCUCUCUGGUGGCCAAGCCCAAGGCAGUGCAGUGAGAAGCGUC